UUCUUUCUUUUUGAGAUGGAGUCUUGCUCUGUUGCCCAGGCUGGAGUGCAGUGGUGCAAUCUCGGCUCACUGCAACCUCUGCCUCCUGGAUUCAAGCGAUUCUUCUGCCUCAGCCUCCUCAGUAGCUGGGACCACAGGGCCUCAGAGGGAGAGGCUGCCGAUCGUCCCCAUCUGGUAUCCAGCAGCUUCAUAAGACCCCUGGCCCCUGAGAAAUGUUGGGAUCUUCGUUCUCUUUGUGGAGGUACCAGGAUCAUCUAUGACCGGAAAUUCCUGAUGGAGUGUCGGAACUCACCUGUGACCAAAACACCCCCGAGGGAUCUGCCCACCAUUCCCGGGGUCACCAGCCCUUCCAGUGAUGAGCCCCCCAUGGAAGCCAGCCAGAGCCACCUGCGCAAUAGCCCAGAAGAUAAGCGGGCGGGCGGUGAAGAGUCACAGUUUGAGAUGGACAUUUAAAGCACCAGCCAUCACAUGGAGCACUACCAAGGGGCCCCUCAGGGCCUUCCUGGGAGGAGUCCCACCAGCCAGGCCUUAUGAAAGUGAUCAUACUGGGCAGGCGUCGGCAUGGGGUUGGCCACCCCAGCCCUUUCUCCCUCACUCAGGGCACCUGCCCCCUCCUCUUCGUGAACACCAGCAGAUACCUCCUUGUGCCUCCACUGAUGCAGGAGCUGCCACCCCAAGGGGAGUGACCCCUGCCAGCACACCCUGCAGCCAAGGGCCAGGAAGUGGACAAGAACGAACCCUUCCUUCCGAAUGAUCAGCAAUUCCAGCCCCUCGCUGCUGGGGACGCAACCACCCCUUCCUUAGGUUGAUGUGCCUGGGAAAGCUCCCUCCCCCUCCUUCCCCAAGAGAGGAAAUAAAAGCCACCUUCGCCCUAGGGCCAAGA